AGCGUCCCUGGAUAUGUUGCUAGUGGAGAAACUCUCGCAUCUUUUUGCCUACACAGUUUCGCUUACAAACAAUUGUCAACUAAUCCAUAAAACCAAAAGGACGAAUGAGUAAACGAUUAAAAGUGUGUAAGCAACCAUGACUGCAACCGCCCGCAUGGGAGGCCAGCUGAUCCUUGAAGAGGAAUACGAUGAGAAUUAUACACCUUCUGAACAAGAGAUUCAAGAGUAUGCAAGAGAGAUUGGCAUUGAUCCUGGCAGUGAGCCGGAGCUCCUGUGGCUGGCCAGGGAAGGCAUCGUUGCACCAUUGCCUCCAGAGUGGAAGCCUUGUCAGGACGUGACAGGGGAAAUCUACUAUUUCAACUUCUCCUCAGGCCAAUCCACCUGGGACCACCCCUGCGAUGAACACUACCGCCUCCUGGUGGCCCAGGAGCGUGAGCGCACCCAGCUCACUGCAGCUACAGGAGGCAUGGGGGCAAAGAAGGACAAGGACAAGAAGAAAAAGAAAGAGAAGAAGGAGAAAAAAGAGAAAAAGAAGAGGGAGCCAGUAAAGAUUUCCGGAGCACCGACCUUGGGAUCCUUACCGUCUCUCCUGGGUGGCCUGGCCCCUCUGAGAGGUCUGGACACCUCCGGCCCUGGCCCACUCUCCGGAUCUGCCCCUCCUCUUCGAGGGUCCCUCAGCAGCUCUGGUGGGCUGGAGCCCCUCAAGACUUCCCUAAGGGGUCCUAGAAGUAGUGGGGUGCCUAGUGUUUUAGGCAGCAGGCAGAAGGAGAGGGUCUCCCUUACUCUGCCUGAUUUUGAUGAUGACGAUGACAAUAACGACGACAAACUCUCUGAAAAUGAGCUGAGUCCUCGUGGUUCAGACAGGCUGUUGAAGAAUAUUCACCUGGACCAGGAUGCCCUGGGAGGAGGCCUUCAUUAUGAGGAGUCUGAGACAGAUAAAAAUGUUGAGGAGGAUUCAUCCUCCAUUGAUGUCAAGCUUUUGGAUAUUGUGGACUUGUCUGGCACUGUCAGUCCGCUGGAAAAAGAUGAGAGUCAAGGAACUAAAGGCAAUGAGGAGGGGGCAGAGACGAAGGUUUCAGAAGCUGACAACAGGUAUAUGCAGGCUAAAGAUGGAGGAAGCUCUUUAGCCAAUAAUGUUGACCGACUCGUCCUCCACCAGUCCAGCGCUUCCAGCUCCUUCUCCGGCCCCUCCGACUCAGAGCGAAGUGGAGUCGAGCUCCGACCCAAAGCCUCUCUGGGGCUCCAGAGGCCUGGAACCGCUAGAGGUCGGACGAUCCGCACUUCCAACACCAAACCUGGAAAUGCUGAAACCCCCUUAAAAACCCUUGACAAACCACUGGAUGAAGUGCCAAGCUUGAGAAUCAGGAAAGACAGAGAGAAUAAAGACAGAGAGGAAGAUGAGGUGGAGAGUGAGUGGAAGGAGACAAGUCUCAGAGAACAAAAAGAGAAGGUACGAGAGAGGAGGAAGGCUGAUCAGGAGGUAGAGGAGGAGAAAAAACAGUUGGUAGGGGAGAAAGAGAAGAGGAUCUGUCUCCUCCAGGAGGAGCUGAGUAGGGAGGAGGAGGAGGAGGAGAGGAAACUGAAGGAGGAGAGUGAGGAAAGACUGAGGGCUCUGCGGCAGCGUCUCCUGUUAAAGAGGAAAGAGGAGGAGGCCAAUCUCACUGAGGAGUCUGACAGGAUGCUGGAGGAAACCAGAGAGUCUAUCCAGAGGGAGAGAGAGACGCACAAGCACAAGCUCAGGGAGGAGAGCGAAGCCAUCCUGAAAGAUUUGCAAAUAACUUUAGAUGAAGAGCGAGCAGCGGAGCGAGACAGGCUGGAAGCCCGGAAGAGGCAGGAUGUUGAACUCCUUAAGGCUGAGCAGGGAGAGGAGCUGGAAGCAGAGAGGAGGAGACUCCAAGGAGAGCGAGAGGAGAAACUGAACUCUCUCAAACAGGAGGUCAAAAGCACAGAUAUGGGCAAGGAGCUGUUGAUGAGUGUACGAUCUGAGCAGCACCUGACAGACUACCAACGAGAUCUCACUGGCCUGCUCCGGGAAGUGCGGGAGGAAGAGCAGCGCGAUCACGAGAGGAAGCUGGAGAAGCUGAGGGAAGAGCACAAGAGAGAAAUGAACAACACCAGAGAGAAAUACCUGGAUGAGGAGACCAUACAGAGAGAGCGCUUGCUGUCCACUCUGCAGGAAGACAGAGGGCACCUCCAGGCCUCCCACGCUGUCCAGCUGGAGAAACUGCGGCUGCAGCUCAACACUCAGAUACAAAAGAUGCAGCUCGCACACUCACGCAAGGAGUCUGAAAUGCAGGAUCUGGCAGAUCAGUUGGAGCUGAAAGUCAAAGAGCUGAAGAGCCAGGAGGCUAUGCUGCAGAUCAAGGUAGUAGAUCUGAAGAGAAGGAGGAAGAAGCUCAUAGACGAAGGAGAGGAGGUGGACACAGAGAUAGAGGCCUUACCCCGGCUGAACCAGGAGAGAGACCAGCUAAAGGACGAGCUGGAGAGGAUGAGAGAGGAGAAACAUCAAGCCCGAGAACUCAUCCAGAGAGCCAGGGAGGAGCGGAGCGAGGCAAUCGAGGAAAAGGAGAGGCUGAGAGGGGAGAGGGACAAAGCCAGAGAUGAGAGCAGGAGAGUGAAGGAGGAAAAGGAGAAACUGGAGAGAAAGGUGACGCUGCUGCAUGAGAGAUGCGACGGUCUCAGCCGCAGAGUCAGUGAGUUGGAGCAAGGUGAAGGUGCAAGUACUUCCACCAGACAGGAGCCGAGGCAGGUCAAAACUAAGGGAGAGAAAACCGAGAUGACGGCGCCCUCCUGUGACAGAAGAGACUCAUUACUGCAUCUAGAGGACCUGAACGGACCUCCUCUCUCCCCUGUACCCGACAGCCAGAGCAGCGUGGAUGAGUUCCGACGCUACAUCUCCUCACAAGGCACCUCCAUCCAAAACACCAAACUCUUCCUGCAGAGGGAGAGCAGCCGGCUGACUGAGAGACAGGCAGCUCUGCGGGCGGCCCAGACCAGCUCCUCACAGGACCCGAACCACAACACCAGGGAGACUGAGGAGAUGACUAGACGCCUCAUGCAGGAUGCCCAAAAUAUGAUGGAGCUGCAGCGGGCGGUUCAGACAGGGAACUCGCUCCUGAGGAGGAAAGAGGAGCAGCUUCAGCAGCUGGAGAGUUCGAUCGCUGAGGAGCCUCUGUCAGAGGAUGUGUCUCGGCUGGCGGGAGAGAGGAAGGUGACCUUCGAUGUGACCGAGUCGGACCUCAGCAGCACUGUGGACCCACCGCUCGGGACAGGAGCUCAUCCCACGGCCCCGGCCAAAGUCCAAGAGUUAGCAGACUCCCUGCAGCAGAUCUCAGGCCAGCUCAACACUGUUCUCAGUGCACUAGUUUCAUUAGCUCAGUGGCCACAGAGUGCCACACCAUACACAACCUUCACUUUGCCUGUGUCGCAGCCUCUCUCCGUGCCAGCUCCCACUCCCACCUAUAAUCCAGUCACGUCCCACAUGCACACCCUGGGCCACAGCUCCCUAGCCCCACCUCCCCCCCUGAGGCAGUUGAACCCUUCGUGGAACUGGGCGACUGGGAGCUCUUCAGCCAACGCCGUCUACAAUGCCCCCAUCAGCAGCGGGCUGAAGGCCUCUGAGGAUCUCUUCAACAGCCGGUGGAGCCAGAUUUUUCCUGGAGCAGCUGUGGACCCAGUUGCGUCCAGCACCAUGAGGACCAGCUCAGCCUACUCAGCUUACACUCCUGUUAGUGAACACAGUCCCAGCCUGCGGUCCGUGCAGAAGUCAGCAGAGAUCGAUGGUCAGAGGCUGCAGGGGAUGAUCGACGGCAACAAGAGGUGGCUGGAGACGCGCAGGAAAGACCCCAGCAUACCUCUAUUCACUCGCUAUCAAGCUCCGUCCUCCAAGAGCAGCCUGGUCCAGCUGGGCCUGGACGAUAACAACCAGAUCAGAGUCUACCACUACUGAGGACAUUACACACUGUUCAGUCCUGUCGUUCCGUGUCUGUCACUGAGGACUUCGACUGACUUUAAUGACUCUGUCGGCUCUGAGCUGUUACAUUUACAUGCUGGGCGUCACAUGAGAGUCAUGUGGCCUCAGUGAGUCAUUCCUUUUUAAAUAAUAAAUUUCAGUGUAAAGGUUUUCAGGGAAGGUCCGGCCUCUUCUGCUGUGAUUGGAGGAAGAGCUGACAGAAGAGGAUGUGGUACGUUCAGGGAGCCACAUGUCACAGAGGCCUGAGGACUUUUAUCCGAUGAUCAGAUAUGGCUGUGUGCAGCAGUCCACUUCUGACACCAUGUUUACAGAUUUGAGCUCCAUGCCGGACCUGAACUUUAAAGAGAUUGUACAAGAAAGAAGCACACAGACGUCGAGGAAAUUGAGUCUUUGGUGGAGAAAUAUGUGUUAGUGCUCGAUUGUUGGUUUCAUUUGUAUGAUAUUGUAAGCGGUUUCGUAGUUUCUCCAGAAACCUCAAGCAAGCUUAAUAUUUGUUUCUUUAAUAUGGCCCUAAUACUCUAUUGUAGAAGUCAGACGGGAGUUGGACAAUCAUAGAUACUCAUGUUCAUGUCUAAAUAUGAAAAUGUCAUGCGUCAUCUUGAAUUUACUCAUCAGCACUAAAUAGAAUGACUUUACAGAUGCACCGAGGUUAAGUUUUAUGGUAUCAAAUGUUACACCUUUUGUAAUAAUGCUGCUCACUUUGUAAAUUACUUGUUUGAAAAAUGAACAUGUUUUUAAAAUGUUUUGUCAUUUCAGGUACAAAGACAAAACAUACUUUGUGCAUAAACAAUAUAGUGUAAAUUCUGUAUUUUUUUUUUAUAAAAUAUUUUAAUAAAUCUAGUUUUAUAUAUAUA